AAUCGUCAUUGGUUUGUGCUGUGGGCAGAGCGGACAAAGCUCGUACUCUCGCUGGAAUCUCGUUGUUGCUGUUAAACCCACGACGUUUUGUUUCCGUUCUUCUUCAGCUGGAAUUUCACGCGUACCGUCUCACCUCUACACCCCAUCUAGCUGGCGACUGGAACCGGAUGUUUCAAGUUGGUCCUAUGAGAUGUAUGUGAGCAGUGGAGAUGGGUCACCGAAAGAAACUGAACCGGUGAGGUCAACAAGACAAGACCCAGACCUUGUGGACAAACUGACCGAACCAUGCACCACCUUGCUUCCUGAUUACACUCCCGUCCUGCUUUCUGGCCUUCUUCACCCUUCGUAAAUUGAGUCAUCGUGCCGUCCAACGCUCACUAGCAUGGCUACGCCGUUCUUGUGGAAACUGUCCUCUCAGAAGCUGGGCUUCUUCCUGGUCAGCUUCGGCUUCAUCUGGGGAAUGAUGCUGCUACAUUUCACCAUCCAGCAGAGGGCCAGUCAUGAGAACAGCGCCGUGCUACGUCAGCAGAUUCUUGAACUCAGUAAGCGAUACAUAAAGGCUUUGGCUGAGGAGAACAAGAGUGUGAUGGAUGGACCCUAUGUUGGCACAAUGACAGCUUAUGACUUGAAGAAGACCCUGGCAGUGCUGCUAGAUAAUAUCAUGCUGCGGCUUGGCAAAUUGGAAUCCAAGGUAGAGAACAUCUUUAAUGGCUCCAAUGUCAGCUUGACCAACGGCACCAUCGCUAUGUCACCCAGCUCCAGCAAUCCGGAAAAAGUCAAUGUGGCUGACCUCCUGAAUGGUGCUCAGGAGAAGUGUGAGCUGCCACCUCUGGAUGGUUUCCCUCACUGUGAGGGCAAGAUCAAGUGGAUGAAGGAAAUGUGGCGCUCCGACUCAUGCUACAGCAACUAUGGAGUGGAUGGAUCAACUUGUUCUUUCUUCAUAUACCUGAGUGAGGUGGAGAACUGGUGCCCCCAUCUGCCCUGGAGGUCGAGAAUGUUAAAUGAAGAGACCGACAGAAUGGGACAGACUGAGAUCAGGACCAGCUUUGAUGAGCUCUACCGGGGAAUGUCACAGCGUGAGGAGUUCCGCUGGAUGAUGCUGAGGAUUAAACGGAUGGCUGUUCCGUGGGUCAGCGCCAUCCGCUCACUGGCUAGGAAACAGAACUUGGCUAAGCGGCGGAGAAAGAAGAUACUGGUGCACUUGGGCCUGCUGACCAAAGAGUCUGGUUUCAAGAUUGCAGAAAACGCCUUCAGUGGUGGCCCUCUAGGAGAGCUGGUUCAGUGGAGUGACCUCAUAACCACGCUGUAUCUUUUGGGCCACGAUGUUCGCAUCUCGGCUUCUCUGGCGGAGCUCAAAGAGAUCAUGCGCAGAGUCAUGGGAAACAAAUCCAGCUGUCCCACUCAGGGCGACAAGAUAGUGGAGCUCAUCUACAUUGACAUUGUGGGCCUCACCCAAUUUAAGAAGAUGCUGGGGCCGUCCUGGGUCCACUACCAGUGUAUGCUGCGGGUGUUGGAUUCAUUCGGGACAGAGCCGGAGUUUAACCAUGCCCACUAUGCUCAAUCAAAAGGUCACAAGACUCCAUGGGGGAAGUGGAACCUUAACCCCCAACAGUUUAACACCAUGUUCCCUCACACACCAGACAACAGCUUCCUGGGCUUCGUUGUAGAGCAACACCUCAACGCUAGUGAUGUCAAGCAUAUUGAUGACAUCAAGAGGCAGAAUCAGUCGCUUGUCUAUGGCAAAGUCGACAACUUCUGGAAGGACAAGAAGAAGUACCUGGAUGUGAUCCACAGCUACAUGGAGGUUCAUGGAACCGUGCAUGGCACUAGCACCAUCCACCUGCCCAGCUACGUCAAGAACCACGGCAUCCUGAGCGGCCGGGACCUGCAGUUUCUUCUUCGAGAAACCAAGCUCUUCGUGGGUCUCUCCUUCCCCUAUGAGGGUCCCGCUCCCCUCGAAGCCAUUGCCAAUGGCUGUGCCUUCCUCAACCCCAAAUUUAACCCCCCCAAAAGCAGCAAGAACACAGACUUCUUCAAGGGGAAGCCCACCUUGAGAGAGCUGACCUCACAACACCCUUAUGCUGAAGUCUACAUUGGUCAGCCACACGUGUGGACAGUGGAUAUCGACAACCCUGCAGAAGUGGAACGAGCUAUUCGCUCCAUCCUCAGCCAAAAGAUUGAGCCGUACCUGCCGUACGAGUUCACCUGCGAGGGCAUGCUGCAGAGAGUCAACGCCUUCAUAGAGAACCAGGACUUUUGUCACGGGCAGGUGAUGUGGCCGCCCCUCAGCGCCCUGCAGGUCAAGCUGGCAGAGCCCGGACAGACCUGCAAACAGGUGUGUCAGGAGGAGCAGCUCAUAUGUGAGCCGUCCUUCUUCCAGCACCUCAACAAGGACAAAGACUUGGCCAGGUUCGGUGUGGACUGUCAGACAGUGGAGUCGAGCGCUGACACAGUGGUCCCAGCCUACAGUGAGACCCGCCACCACUGCAUCUUCCAGUCCGACCUGCUGCUGUUCAGCUGUGCUGGUGCGCACCAGACACUGAAGCGAGUCUGUCCCUGCCGUGACUACAUGAAGGGCCAGGUGGCGCUCUGUAAAAACUGUCUAUAGCAGCAGCACCAGGCACAAAGAGGGGGCAGGACUUGGGGGUGGAAGGCCAGAGAUCCACAAGCGUUAAACUGAAGUCCCAAACUCCGAGCAGCACCAGGGUCACCACAGGCUGACGGUCCGUUCCUCGUAUUUAUUGCUUCGGCAGCAGCCGGAUGUGGACUUGAAUUCACAAGACCAAUGGAGUCCCCUCCAGUGUCCAGUGUCAGUGACCCCUCUGCCCCCCACACCCCACCCAGCCCAACCAUCAGUCCUGUUAAUCCCCGUAGGUAGGUUUGCACUGGACUAACACACAGACGGCGGCUAGAGUUUGACACUGUAACCAGCUAGUUCCUCUCUGACCUGGAGGGAGGACACCUGAUGUAGAUAUUUGGAUUUUUAUUUGGGGACUUCUCCAUUGGUGGGAAUUGGUGUCGCCAUGACAACUGAAUAUCAGACAACCUUAUAGACACCUAUUUUCUCAAACUGUUUACAUUGCACAUCAUGUUUAACAGUUUUAUCUGAGUUUAAAUUGAAGGCCAGUAGGCACACACACACACACACACACACACACAGCUCUACGUGUGGAGUCCCCACAUUGCGGUCAGCCAAAGACUCCACGUGUGAUGACCGUGACAACGUGUUUGUGUCAUAUCAGCUGUCAAUCAUAUUCCCUCAAUAUGCCAACAAAUCAAAGGUUGCUUUGUGUAUUUAAGACGAAGGGCAACAGGAAACCGGUGUAGGGGAACGCACUACUGUUGCAGAAAUGUUAUUGUUACACUGUUUUUAAAUGUCUUUUUUAAUUUAAUUUAUACACAGAUUCUUUAUCACCGUGUUCAUUCGGAGGGUUGGAAAGUCUUUAUUUAUAUCAGAGGUGUCUUUUUUUUUUUUUGGAGAUUCUAUUUAUGGUUAUAAUUUAAAAGAACAAAUGCGCGACCAGCGGUUGGAGAUCUGUGUGCUUUGGUUCAAAGGAAAUCGAGAUGGGGAUGAGAGACUGUCUAGUUGUGUCAGUCCAUGCACAGAACUCCAUGUCAUGUGUGAGACGAUUAUCUCUCUGAAGGUUUCACCUCUGAAAAAAUAUUAGUUGAAUUUCAUGCCACCAAGUCUCGACGCCUCUCUUCCUUCGCUCACGCCAGCCCAGACACAAGCAGACAAACGUGCCUUGUUUUAGUGUGAAAGGCAGCAGCUUUUGUUUCCUCUCUGUUUGCACGUGCUCAGAUCAGUGCUCUGGAGUUAUACUGAGUUCUUUAUCUGCGGAACAAGACAUGCCUUCUCAUAUUCUCCUCUUCCAUCAGGUCAAAGGUCAUAACACAUCAUUUAUAAAACCUGGACCCCCCAACCAAAUGGCUCUCACUUCUUGUCACUAGAGAGGAAGCCAUAAUUAAAUUCCCACGUCCGGAUUGAUAAAAGGAGAACUUGUGGUCGGAGUGCCUCAUGUGACCUUCAUGGCGGCAGAUAAAACGCUACAGAGAGAAUUUGAUCUCCGUCGUUUGUUUGAUAGAGCGAGAAAUUCCUUAUGUUUCAUUCAUUGUGAAUUUAAAAAAAGUACAUCUGUUUUCUUACAUCGAAAGCCUUACUUAUUUCACAUGUCGACAUAUUAGAAGCAUGUUGUCCAUCUGAGGAUCAGCGGUUGCUGAAGUAUGUUCUUUCAAAUUGUGUCUGAUGCACCAGCGCUACUCCCAGCGACCAAUAACAACCGUGACAUGUAUUUGUGUUCACAGUCAGAUUCAGAGGGAUAUAACUUUAUUUUUAAAUAAACAUUUUUUCUGUGA